AUGCCGUCCGACGACUUUCGCGUGGCCGACCUCUUGCCUUCACUCGAGCCUCCCGUACCAGCGAAACGACCCGUCAUCCCAACGCUGCCACCACGGAUUAUCUUCACUGCACCGUCCCAAGAUCCAUCAUCGCACAAGCAGCAGCAGUGGAUCUCUACCACGCACGUGUACCCUGCAGCAUGGCCUCGCUCUCACGUCCGCUCAGCCAAGUCGGACAUCUACGAUGCAAAGAUACCAAGCACAUAUAGCCUUGGACCACUUCCUUCCGAUCCGCAAGCAGCAAAAGCCGAACAGCGACGGAGGAGGGAGGCCGACUUCAAGCACUGGGUCGAAGUGUGCGGGGGGAAGGACGCGGAGGAUCAGCGUAAUCUGAUGCGCUCUUUGCGGAAUGGAUGCUCGAAGGAGGGCCAUACUGCGAGGAUCACUGAAGCAAGGACCGCGAAUGAGGUGCAGCUUUGGAACACGGUGAAUCGCAUCGUUCCCGCCUCUUUGGAUGCUGAGGACAGUGUUGGCUCGUCAAGCUCAGACAAACGAGAAGGAAUCACAUUGAUCCUCGCCCACGCGAACGGUUUCCACAAAGAAAUCUUCGAGCCAGCUGUAGCAUCGCUCAUUCAAAAGCUCCAGACCGAAGCAUUCCGCGGCAAGUACAGGAUAGACGAGAUUUGGAUCUUCGACUGCACACACUCUGGCCAGGCUGCCAGCAUCAAUCGAGACGUUCUCGGCGACAUCGUCAGCUGGGCAGAUCAUCCACGCGAUAUGCUCAAGUUCCUCGAACACUACAUGCCAGAAACACCUGCACAUCCUUCCUCUGCACCGGCUUGGCUUCCCACUUUUCUUCCCUCGCACAAGACUUCGUCUCCCAAGGCAAGACGACGUCUCAUUGGACUCGGGCACUCGUUUGGUGGCGCAUCGCUCACUUUCGUCCUGCAUGCCCGACCACGCAUGCUGGAGGGUCUCAUCCUCGUCGACCCGGCCAUCGUACACUGUGACGACGAGGAGAAAUUCCAAUUCCACAACCUACCCAACGAGGUGUGGCCCUCGCUUGAUCAGGUUCCGCUCGCCCGUGGUGCCAUCGCCCGCAAGGAUACGUUCGACUCGCUGCCCGACGCACAAGCUUACUUCGAGUCGAAACCUUUCUUCCAAGUAUGGGAUAAGCGCGUCCUUGACCUUCACCUGCGCUUCGGCCUUCGACCUUCCGUCAUUCCAUUUACCCGCGCUCUAGCCGCAGACGACAUGCACGAAAACGAUCUCAAACGUACACCGCUCGAACUGAACAACACCAAAUGGCACGAAGCUGCCGCAUUCUGCUCGACGUGGAUGGGCUACAUUGGGAGGAAAGGAAUGCUCACGACGAAUCACGGCGCUUGGGUUGGGAUGGUGAAUAUGCGAGGUGGGUUCAACAACGUCGACUUGGCGGCUGAGAUUGAUCGUCUGGAGCGAGGGAUCAGCUUUACGAUUGAUGGGAACCAUCUCGUGGCGCAAGAGGAGCCCGAGGCGUUGGCAGAUGCGCUUGUCGACGUUCUCGAGGCGCAGUCGGACGUGCAAAAGUUGAAAGAGGAGAAGCUUCGUAGGCAGGUUGGGAAGACGAAAUUGUAA